AUGACCUCAGGAAGUUUGGGAGAGUCGGAACACGGGGCAAGACACGAUUGGAGAAGCGCAGAAUUGCUUUGGGAUCUCAAGGAUUCCUGGUCUUUCUUUGCCCAUUUGAGAGGCGCGUAUCGAUUAAUCAAAUUGACACGCAAAUCCUUGCUGUCAACUCCGGCAAUUUCCCAGCGUCCAAACCAUAUCGAUGGGGUUAAAGCUGCGGUGAAAAAAUUCCGUCUUGAUUCCAAAAAUGGAAAAUUAAGCAGUGAAGAGCACAGCACAAGACGCAAGAUUGUAUACGGUCGCUACGCCGAGGUAAUGAAUUACGUUGAGCGUUGGUCAGGUGAGGGAUCUAAGAUAGUCUUGGAUGAAAACAUCCAAGUUGCUGACUUUGUGAAGAUUAUCGAUUUCCUGUCACGACCCCAGCAAGAGAAACCAGUCGUGCAGAUGGAAAACCGGAAGAGGAAGGAAGCUCUCUGCUCUUGA